CAUGUUAUGUUAGUAACGUUAGUAUAGACUUGCUAGACGCGCCUACCUGAUAGAAUUAAUAAGUGAAAUUAUACGAGUACUCUAAAGGUUUGAUUUAUUUAUAAAACUAAAAUGGCAGACGACGAAUGGCAAGAUGAACCGGUCGUGGCGAUGGCCUCAGCACCCAUAUCUUCAGGAUACGACAGCCGUCCAAGAGGAGGUGGCCGAGGCAGAGGACGCAGUACCGAUUCCAAUUGGAGAGCACGUGGCCCUCAGACUACUAGCUACGAGGGCCGACGCGACAAUAGAGAUCGUCGCGAUGGCGGCGACCGGCGUAACGGAGAUCGCCGGAAUUUUUCACGACAAGAUGAAGGUAACAGAAAAGUAAUUUCAGUCCCUUCCUCAAAGAUCGGUCGCGUAAUCGGUAAAGGCGGGUCUAAAAUCAAAGAUCUGGAAUAUGAUUCUGAGGCUAAAGUCAAAAUCGGAGAUACUAGCGGCGACGAAACUGAAAUCACCCUGACGGGUACUGAUGAGGCUAUCGCAAAGGUUGAGGACAUGAUUCAAGAUCUUGUCAAAGAGUAUAAGCCUGCUGGAUCACGAGAUUUGAACACCAGUAACAGCAGUAAUCAGUCUGGCGAGUUCCUAAAAACCAAUGAAAAUGGUGUGGAAGUUAUUGACUGGUCCAAGUUGAAUUCGUUUUAUGAAGAGAGUCAGAAGGAGCGAUGGAGCAAGCUACCGCCUAUUGUCAAAGAUUUCUACAAGGAAGAUCCUCAAGUAGCUGCAAUGCCCCCUGCUGAAGUUAGUCGUUGGCGUAAAGCAAACCAUGAUAUUCAAGUAAAGAGAACUUUUGAUGACAAACCUGGUUUAAGGCCUAUUCCUAACCCAGUUCUGACAUUUGAACAAGCAUUCCAGCACUACCCUGAGAUUCUGGAGGAAAUUUAUAAGCAGGGCUUUAAGCAACCCUCUCCAAUUCAAAGCCAAGCUUGGCCAGUUCUUCUAAGAGGUGAUGAUUUAAUAGGCAUUGCUCAAACCGGUACUGGCAAGACAUUAGCUUUCCUUCUGCCAGCUCUAAUACAUAUAGAAGGUCAGACUAUCCCAAGAGAAGAGCGAGAAGGCCCAUCAGUCCUUAUAUUAGCUCCGACCAGGGAGUUAGCAUUACAGAUUGACAAAGAGGCAUCCAAGUAUCAUUACCGAGGCAUUAAGUCAGUGUGCUUGUAUGGAGGAGGAGAUCGUAAAGAACAAAUCAAAGUAGUGUCCAAAGGUGUAGACAUUGUUAUUGCUACUCCUGGACGAUUGAAUGACCUUAUAAUGGCUAGGCACUUGAACAUCAUAAACUUCUCAUACAUUGUCCUUGAUGAGGCUGACAGAAUGUUAGACAUGGGCUUUGAACCUCAGAUCAGAAAAUCCUUGUUUGAUGUCAGACCUGACCGCCAGACAGUAAUGACCUCGGCCACCUGGCCCACAGGUGUGCGGCGCUUAGCAGAGUCCUAUAUGCAGGACCCUAUCCAGGUUAAUGUGGGAUCACUAGAUCUUGCCGCUGUCCAUACAGUAACACAAAAAGUUGUAUUUGUUGAGGAAGAUGACAAAGAGCAAUAUCUUCUAGAUUUCUUAAACAACAUGGAGCCUACGGACAAGGUGAUUGUAUUCUGUGGUAAGAAGGCAACAGCAAACCACAUUUCUACAGAACUGGCAAUAAGAAACAUUAGUUGCCAAGCGUUGCAUGGAGACAGGGACCAGAGUGAUCGUGAAGCGGCAUUAGAAGAAAUGGUUGAUGGGACAGUAAACAUUUUAAUUGCCACUGAUGUUGCUUCCAGAGGAAUAGAUAUCAAGGACCUCACUCAUGUCAUUAACUUGGAUUUUCCGCGUCACAUCGAAGAGUACGUGCACAGGGUAGGCAGGACUGGUCGGGCAGGAAAGACAGGCAUUUCACUGUCAUUGAUAGCGAGGAAUGAUUGGGCACAUGCAAGGGAAUUGAUCAAAAUUCUUGAGGAAGCUAAUCAGGAAGUUCCUGAUGAAUUGGAGCAAAUGGCACAGAGGUUUGAAGCCAUGAAGUUGCGUCGCGACGCUGAAGGAGGCGGGCGUGGGGGCCGCGGCGGCGGACGUGGUCGUGGAGGUCGUGGAGGAGGUUAUGGCGGGGGCGGCCGCGAUGGUGGCUACGGCGGCGGCGGUCGCGAUGGUGGGUAUGGAGGAGGAGGCCGCGAUGGUGGUUACGGAGGAGGCCGCGAGGGUGGUUACGGAGGAGGAGGCCGUGAGGGUGGUUACGGCGGAGGUAGCCGCGAUGGUGGUUACGGCGGAGGUGGCGGUGGAUAUGGAGGGAGACGAGACAGAUAUUAGUCUCCCUUCUCAAUUUUAUGACUGUUACUGAGGGUUUCAAAAAUAAUAGCUAUUCUU